CGCUGGCUCCAGUUCUUAUUUUGUAUUGCCUAUUAAUAUUCAGAAUGGAUUGCCCCAAUGAACUAUCAGUUAUAGACAUUUUGACUUUUAUAACAGAUGAACUACUGCAAACAUUCCGCAGCAGUAAUGAUGAGCAGGAAAAGAUUAGGACAAUUACUAAAUUUCUUCAACGGUUGAAUGAAGACACUUCCAUUGCUAAACUCAAGUCUCUUAAUGUUGAAUUUGAGUCCGAUUUAGAAUGGUUUAACGUAACUGGUCCUAUAUCGUUAAAAGACCUGAAAGGAAAGAUUAUUGUUCUGGACUUUUUUACCUAUUGCUGCAUUAAUUGUAUACAUGUGUUGCAAGAACUGCGCUGCCUGGAAGAACAGUUUCCCAUAGAAAGCGGUCUUUUAGUUAUCGGUGUUCACAGUGCUAAAUUUGAUAAUGAACGAGUUACAGCAAAUAUUGUAUCAGCUGUGCAAAGAUUUGGAAUAACUCAUCCUAUUGUUAAUGAUUCACGAUCUAUCAUGUGGAGCACUAUUGGCAUACGGUGCUGGCCAUCCCUUCUGGUUCUGAGCCCUACCGGUACACCCAUGUUGUUAUUAAUGGGCGAAGGGCAUGGACAAUUCCUACAGGAAUUUGCUGGUGCUGCGUUGUCAUUUUUCAGUCAGCAGGGUAACAUUGAUUAUAGCUAUUUACCGAUUCCAACAACCAGUAACUGUCAACCGGCGGCAAACUUAUGCUUUCCUUCUAAGAUUGCUCGAAGCCCACAGGGUCGGUAUGCGAUCGCCGAUAGUGGUAACAACCGGGUGCUCAUAGUCACUAGUAGUGGCUUGGUUCAACAUAAGGUUGGAGGACCUCAAGCUGGAUUUGUCAAUGGAAAUUUAGCGACAUGUCGAUUUAGCAGUCCACAAGGCCUAGCAUUUGUUGAUGAACAUACUUUGAUUAUUGCUGACACUAAAAACCACGCCCUUCGUAAGAUCUCACUUACGACUGGAAAUGUUGAGACUCUUGCUGGAACUGGCCUACAGGGAAACGAGCGAGUUGGUGGACGCAUAGGUCCUUUGCAACCUUUAUCGUCGCCCUGGGAUGUUGCUAUAUUUCGUACACGGGACAUGGAUAUGUCUUUUCAUCUUGAUGAACGCAACGUGCCUGAAAAAACUAUUGUGCUCAUAUCUAUGGCUGGAACUCAUCAGAUUUGGGGUUAUUUUCCAGAAGGAAUUAUUUGGUGGAAAUUCAGAAAAUUUGAACCUCUUUGCUGUGUCGCGUUAAUAGGAAAUGGUCUCGAGGAGAACCGUAAUAAUUCCUACCCACAGAACGCGGCAUUUGCACAGCCGUCAGGCCUGGCGAUGUCAAAGGAUAUAUUGUACAUAGCUGACAGCGAAAGCUCUAGCAUAAGAAAAACUUCUAUGAUCGACGGAAAAGUUAUGCCUGUCGUAGGAGGGGAUCGUAAUCCACUUAACCUUUUUGCAUUUGGCGACGUUGAUGGUAAACAAUUUAACGCGAAACUUCAACACCCUCUAGGGGUAACCUAUAAUGAUGCAAAUAAGAGGCUCUAUGUGGCUGAUUCUUAUAAUCAUAAAAUCAAAGUUGUUGACACCAAUUCAAAUAGUAUUUCAACUUUAAAAAUCAAAAGUCAAAAUAAAACUGAUGUAAUUUUGAAUGAGCCGGCCGGUCUUUGCUUGGAUGCCGACGGUCAGCAUUUGCUGGUAUCUGACACCAAUAAUCAUAUAAUAUAUAUAGUAGAUGUGGUGACACUUAUUGCACAACCAUUUAUUUUAGAUUUUAGUCAAAUUCCGUCGACUUUUAAAACUGACGUAUCAAAAAAAUUGGAUAACCACGCGAUAAAGAACUUAACUUUAAAUUUAAUUAAAGCGGUAACAAUUAAUUUUAUCAUUUACCUUUCGCCUGAACUUAACUUUACAAAAGAAGCCCCUCAAAAGUGGGUGUUAAAAGCUGUAUCUCAAUCUCUAAAAGUAAAUCCGUCUUACGGAACUCUGCUUAAUGGAAUGUGUAAUUUGCAAGUGGUGGCUGCUCACUAUAAUUUCAGCUGUGUAAACAGCGAAUUGCUUACUAUUGAAUUCUCUUUAAAUUUAUGUCGCUCUAAUUGUUGCCUUUUAAAAAGAUUUUCUGUAUUGUUAAAAUGUGAUAAAACUAUGGAAGAGCACAUACCCACCCACAAUGUUAAUAUUCGUAUUGAUCAAUCAAACAUAAACUUGUAUUAAAACAGUUUUUAAAUUUUUCUCUAUAAAUAACAAUAAAUAAAUUAAAAAUUAAA